CGAAAUCGACUCUCGCGGCUGGCAUAUGGACGCCGCCUCAUAGUCCUACUGAAAGCAUGGAGACUGAGGUAUACGAGGAGAGGCGGAAUGAUAAUGAUAUUUUAGUCGAUGCAGUCAAAGUUGAAGAGACUAUUAAUCAAGAGGGAUCAUCGUACCCCAAAGAAGCUCAUCCCCCCCAACAAUCUGCGCCUAGCGACUCUCAGGGAAACUCUGACGUUGUACCAGCUGAGGAGGAACAACAGGCCGAGCUGAGACUCUCGGACUUUCAAGUUGUCGACACACUUGGUACUGGAACGUUUGGCCGUGUGUUGCUUGUGAAGCUCCGACCUCAGGGUAACCAACCAGGAGUCGCCCAUCACUUUGCGAUGAAAGUGUUAAAGAAAUCCGAUGUCGUCCGUCUUCGUCAAGUCGAGCACGUUAACGCGGAGCGAUUCAUUCUCGCAAGAAUCCGCCAUCCUUUCAUCGUCGACCUCUACGCCACCUUCCAAGACAACUUGAACAUAUAUAUGCUCCUCUCUUACGUACCUGGAGGAGAAUUAUUCUCUCAUCUCAGAAGGGCCCAUCGCUUCAGUCCAGAUGUCACAAGAUUUUAUUUGGCUAUUAUCGUGUUGGCGCUACGAUACCUUCAUUCAUAUAAUAUCAUCUACAGGGAUCUUAAGCCGGAAAACUUGCUGUUGGACCACAGAGGUUAUCUCAGGAUCACCGACUUUGGAUUUGCCAAAGUCGUUGAUGAUCGUACCUGGACCUUAUGCGGGACGCCGGAGUACCUCGCCCCCGAAAUCAUCCAAUCCGACGGCCACGGCAAAGCCGUUGACUGGUGGGCAUGCGGUAUCCUCUGCUACGAGAUGCUUGUUGGUUACCCGCCAUUCUACGACGACAAUGCUUUUGGAAUCUAUGAGAAGAUUCUUCAGGGCAAGAUCUCCUGGCCGCAGCAUGUCGACCCCUUGUCCAGAGACCUUAUUCGCGCCUUCUUGCACCCCGACCGUACCAAGCGCCUCGGCAACCUCAUUGGGGGUUCUGAUGAUGUUUUGAUGCAUCCAUGGUUCCGAGGUGUUGAUUGGGGAGCAUUGGAACGCUGCGAGAUCCGGGCACCAAUCCUACCCCAGGUCAUGUCCUCUGGCGAUACCCGUAACUUCUCUAGGCUUCCGAUGGUGAAUGCCUCUGACAUCCCUGGACUCGCUGGAGAACCUGCUUCUCUUUACGCCAAUGAUCCCUAUGCGGCACAAUUCGCCGACUUCUAA